AUGGCUAGACACCUAAGAAGCUGCUUACCUCAUAAAGAACACGAAAAAAACCAAAAAUUGUUAAAUUUUCCGCCAAGUGACGCUAAUGUGGAUUCAGAAUUUGGUAAGUCUCAAAUAUUAAUCGGUCCAAAUGCAAUAUAUGAUGCUAACAAGAUGAGGGAAGCCAUAGCUAAUUGGUUACUGUGUACUGAGCAACCUUUUAAAACCGUGGAAGAUGACAUGUAUGUGAAGAUGAUGAAGACUGCCAAUCCAUUGUUUGAAAAAGUAUGCAGAGUUACAGCUACAUCAGAUUGUUUUAAGGUAUACGAGCACGAGAAGAAGAAGUUGAAAGCCCUUACAAAAGUUGCCUCGGAAAUAUGUUUAACAACUGAUUGUUGGAAGUCCUCGCAUCAAAAAAUUGAGUAUAUGGUUAUUACUGGACACUUCAUUGAUCAGAAUUGGAGAUUACAGAAACGUGUAUUGAGUUUUAUGCAUGUUCCUCCUCCUCGUACCGGUUUUGAUAUUGCUGAAUGUAUUUACAAAUGUUUGAAAGAGUGGGAAAUUGAAGAUAAAAUAUUUACCAUAUCAGCAUACAAUGCAACUUAUAAUGACAGAGCGGUAAAAAGAUUGAAAGAAAUUUUUUCUAGGGUAAGAAAACUUUCUUGUGGUGAUAAAUUGUUUCAUAUAAGGUGUUGUGCACACAUAUUGAAUCUUCUUGUGAAAGAUGGUCUUACAAAAAUUGAGUGUAUUAUCGAGGACGUUCGUGAGGGUAUAAAGUAUAUUAAUCAUUCAGAGGGUAGACGUCAAACAUUUUCAAAUGUUGCGCAUCAGCUACAAAUACAUGAUCAAAAAUUAUUUCUUGAUGUGCCAACACGAUGGAAUUCAACCUAUGAUAUGUUGUCUUUUGCCUUAAAGUUUAAGGAUGCUUUUCCAGGAUAUGCAGAGUAUGAACCUCAUUUCAGUCAUUUGCUAAGCAAGGAAGAUUAG